AUGGAAUCAACCCCUUGUUUUUUUUCGUUCCAUUCCCUCUCUCACCCUUCAUCACCACCACCACCUGCUACCAACCGUCGACGCCACCUACUGCCACCCUCUGUCGUCGACCAACGGCGCCACCACCGUCCACCACCACCCAUUGUCGCCACCACUCUCCGCCAUUGUCGCCACCACUAUCCGCCACUGAGCACCAGCGUCGCCACCACUAUCACCGACCACCGCGACCCAGCGUCGUCGUCACCACCUGCCACCAACCACCACCACCCUCCGCCGCCAACCACCACCACCACCCGCUGCCACCACCCUCCAUCGCCAACCACAACCACCCCCAUCGCUACCGUCGAUCACCACCACCCAUUAUCAACGCCACUCUCUGCCAUCGUUGACACCACCACCACCACCACCGCCAUCACUCGACACCGCCAUCGACCACCGUCGCUAUCUACCGCCGCCACCUACACCCACCAUCGCCACCCCUACCGCCACGCACUAUGA